AUGCAGAUCUUCGUCAAGACCCUCACGGGCAAGACCAUCACUCUCGAGGUCGAGAGCUCCGAUACCAUUGACAAUGUCAAGUCCAAGAUCCAGGACAAGGAGGGCAUUCCCCCGGACCAGCAGCGUCUGAUCUUCGCCGGAAAGCAGCUCGAGGAUGGCCGCACUCUUUCGGACUACAACAUCCAGAAGGAGUCCACCCUCCACUUGGUCCUCCGCCUUCGUGGUGGUAUGGCCAAGAAGCGCAAGAAGAAGGUGUACACCACCCCCAAGAAGAUCAAGCACAAGCGCAAGAAGACCAAGCUAGCUGUCCUCAAGUACUACAAGGUUGACGGCGAUGGCAAGAUCGAGCGUCUUCGCCGCGAGUGCCCCCAGCCCGAGUGCGGUGCUGGUGUCUUCAUGGCCGCCAUGCACAACCGCCAGUACUGCGGAAAGUGCCACCUGACCUACGUCUUCGACGAGGCCAAAUAA